GCUUCCCCGUAGUUAGCUGUCACCCACGCUUCUUCUUCUUCUUCUUCUUCUUCUUAGCUUUGUAUCAAUUAUUUUCCCCUUGCUCUUUGUGCUUCAAUUUCUUGUCCACAACACAAAUGGUGAGUGCCACUGUUGCUCAGAAUAUGGUUGCCAUACUCGGCAAUCUCAUCUCCUUCACCCUCUUCUUCUCUCCACUGCCAACAUUUUACAAAAUCAUAAACACCAACUCGGUGGAGGGCUUCCACCUACAUCCUCACCUUGCAAAUCUUCUAAGCUCUAUGCUUUGGGUGUUCUAUAGAAUGCCCUUUAUUCACCCCGACCACAUUCUGCUCCUCCCAGUUAAUGUUAUUGGCUUGCUUCUUCAACUCCUUUAUUUAGCCAUCUUCUCCAUUUUUGCCCAUCACAAACAACGGAAGACAUUGGGUAUUUGGGUUGUGAUGGAGCUCAUAUUUAUGGCAAUCAUUGUUGCUAUCACAAUGCUACUCUUGCAACAAACCAAAACUAGAUCGCUGAUGAUGGGAGUUAUUUGUAAUACUUUCAAUAUGGUGAUCUAUAUUUCUUCUCUCACCGGCGUGAUGGAGAUGGUAACAACAAAGAGUGUAAAACAUAUUUCGUUGGCUGUUUCAUUCACAAGCUUCCUCAAUGCCUGUGUGUGGACAGCUUAUGCCAUUCUCAAACAUGAUAUCUACAUGCAGAUAAACAAUGGUGUUGGAGUGAUUUCAGGUCUUCUCCAAGUCAUUACAUAUGGUUACUACUGCGUUAAUUGGUCCAAAAACAUACCCGUGGAAGGAGCAGAUACAGUUUAUUGAUAUGAAAUGUGUUGUUAACAAAAAAAAAAGUUUUGUAUUUUUAGAUCCAAUUGUGAGAGUGUUUCUUCAAUUCAAACUUGUUUUCUUAGAUUCCUAUAAUUACGGUUGUAUUUAUGUAUUGGACGCGGAAUUGGGUCCGGUGGGUCGGCUUGAUUUCUCUCAUUCACUUUGGAUACGACGCCGUUUAGCAGGUUUUUCGUUUUAGCUCUAUUAUUUCCCUGUUGUAAUUCUGGGCGACCCAAAA